AUGACUCCGGGUUGGCAAAAAGUCCGAGCAGCCGGUCAUUUUAGUCCUGGUAAAGGCCCCAAGGACGUCGGCGGUGAUAAUCUCGCACAGCCCUGGCGCCGCCAUCAAAGUGAAGGAUCGUCUUCCCCUCCUAUCCAUUCAAUUGACCCAUCCUCGAUCCUCGUCAUUUUUCUUCAUCGCACGGUUAUGUUUGGUAGCUUGGAAAGCCGAUACAUCAAACUUGGAAUCAUCAGCGGAAAGAAUUUUAAAGUUCCUUCGGGGCGCAUUCCAGCUGACAUCUAUGUAUCCAUCAACCCUAACUCCCGGAGACGUUGGAAAUCGGCCAUCAGCGUCUUAUCAUCUGAUGAAUCUGUAGCGUGGGAGGAUACCAUAACCCUAUCAUCACAUGCCUCACCUGUACUAUCAGUUGAAAUCAGGGAAUCCUAUGAGCAUGGCCGAAUGCUAGGCAGCGGAGAGGUCAUAGGGAAGCUCCAAACGUUGUGGGAUGAGCUACUCGAUCACGAUGAUGAGUCAUUCGGUUCUAUUCCUUCUCUAAUCUGGCCCGAUUAUUUUCUCGUUUACGCUUAUCAAACAUUUGAAGCAACACAACUUUUACAUCUCACCACCGACAUCUUCCGUGAUCGUUUAUUCGACCCAGGAUGUGGUUUUAUCGCACUUUUGGUCGACAUGUUGGAACAUCGCUUAACUGAGGAUCCUGCUAUCCAAAUCCUCGGCCAACUUGCGAGCCAUAUUGACGUCCAGACUGACUUGAUUCAAAGAGGAUUCAUUGAGAAAUUGGUGUCGCUGAUGAAAAGUCGAAAGCACGAAACAAGUAGUGGGGCUAUUCUCACGAUGUUGUCAAUUCUCCGGCACCCAUACAUACGACUUAAAGCAAUUGAGGAAGGUGUCGCUGUGACAUUGAUCAAUCGUUUAAAACACCGGAAGAACUGUUUGCUUGCGGCUUACGCAUUCUCUCGUAUCCUCGACUUCGCAGCUACUCCAGCCUAUUACCACGUUACUCCUUCGAACGCAUGUAUAUAG